AUGAACACAGCCAACGCAGAGGAGAUUAGCAUCUCGGACUUCAUGCAGGGCCUCGAAAGCCUGUUGGGAACAGACCUGGACGGACCUCCUCGUGAUCUUGAUGUGUCCCUGCUGAGCUCCCGAUUCAAGGCAAAGACAAAGCUGACAUCCUCCAGAAGUGAGCCGGUGCUGGUAGACGUCCCAACAGACCUCAGAAGUUUGCCAGAGCGAGACCACGCGAAGCACGACAUAUCAGCUGCGUUGGCCGUGUUGUCGCCGACCUCUUCCAGUAAGAAGGCACCGCGGAACCGACAAGGGAGCCAGCAGACGCAGGCUGCGGGAAUGGAGGGUCCCGAUGUGACGAACAAAAUCUCUGCUGCCGACUUCGCGUCGCCGGCGACGACUGAGAGGCGGCAGGCAUCCGGCUAUGCCUGA